AUGCCCGGUUUUGCUAAAUACUUGAAGGAUUUGAUUACGAAAUAUAAGAAUAUCAAGAAUGAAAUGGUGAGUGUCACCCACCGGAUUAAGUCUAUCAUUCCAACAACUGCCAUCCAAAAGAAGGAGGAUUCAGGGGCUUUCACCAUUCCAUGCACCAUCGGAUUGCGUGAGUUUGCACGAGCUCUUUGUGAUAAUGGGGCUAGGAGAUCAUUCCUUGCAACCAAGAGAGACCUCAUUGACUCGGAAAGAAAUGAGAUUAAAUUCUGGGUUAAUGAUGAAGAAGUUACCUUUCAAGCAAGUAAGGGCAUGAAAUUGUCAAAUGUAUACGAGAGUAUCUUGGUACUUGAUGCUAUUGAUGUGGUAGAAGAUGCCGUUGAGGUAAAGAUGGAAGAGGAAUGCCUCGGUGAAGCAUUGGCGCAAUCUUGA